GUUCGAGAAUAAAGGCAUGUAACUCUUACUACACGAGGAUGAAUUUCAAGCCAAAGAAAAAAGACCAAUUUAAAGGCCAUAAAGGCAAGGUUUUUCGAAAGCAGUUGUAUGGCUCUAAAAAGACUAACAGAGAGAUUAUUGACGAAGAGAUUGAACAUCUUCAGGAGAAGUUAAACGAGUUUGAGACAUCUGAGAGUAACAGUUUUACUGAUUUUCCUUUAUCAAAGAGAACAUUAAAAGGUUUGUCAGCAUGCAGUUACGAGAAGCCAACAGACAUUCAGCGAGAGUCAAUAGGUCUGGCCUUAAAUGGUAAUGAUAUUCUUGGUGCUGCAAAGACUGGAUCCGGAAAAACCUUGGCCUUCAUUAUACCAGUUUUGGAGUGCCUAUACAAGCUGAAAUGGUCCAACUUUGAUGGCCUAGGUGCUCUCAUUUUUUCUCCCACAAGGGAACUGGCCUUCCAGACGUUUGAGGUGCUGAAAAAAGUUGGCAAAUUUCAUGAUUUUUCAGCAGGUCUGGUCAUCGGAGGAAAGCCAUUGAAGGAAGAAGCUGGUAGAAUCAACCGUACAAACAUUGUAGUAUGUACUCCUGGCAGAUUGUUACAACAUAUGGACGAAACUACAUACUUUUCAGCAGAUAAUCUUAAAAUACUUGUUCUUGAUGAAGCUGAUCGGAUACUGGACCUUGGUUUUGCACAGACUAUGAAUGCUGUCAUAGAGAACCUUCCUGCAGAGCGACAAACUUUGCUCUUCUCUGCAACACAGACUAGGUCAGUAAAGGAUCUAGCCCGACUCAGUUUACAGGAUCCUAUGUAUGUGUCAGUACAUGAGAAUGCUACUGAAAGUACACCAGCACAGUUAGGACAGAAUUAUGUUGUGUGUGAACUGCAUGACAAACUCAACUUGCUGUGGUCAUUUCUUAAAAAUCACCUCAAGUCAAAGAUACUGGUAUUCCUUACAAGUUGCAAACAGGUGAAGUAUAUACAUGAGGCAAUGCGUCAUUUAAAGCCUGGAAUCCCGAUAUUUGCACUACAUGGGGGUAUGCCCCAACUGCGACGUGUGGAAGUCUAUAAUCAGUUCAUGUGGAAACAGAGGGUCUGUCUGUUUGCUACUGAUAUAGCAGCCAGAGGGCUUGACUUUCCUGCUGUGAAUUGGGUUGUCCAGUUAGACUGUCCUGAGGAUGCCAACACGUACAUACAUCGUGCUGGUCGUACAGCGAGGUACGAGAAGGAUGGAGAGUCAUUGCUCGUGUUGUUGCCAUCAGAGGAAGAAAAUAUGAUUAAACAGUUGUCAGAUAAGAAGAUACCUAUCGAAAAAAUCAGAGUGAAUCAACAGAAGUUGUACAGUAUUCAACCAAAAUUGGAGGCAAAUUGUGCUGCAGAUCAGGAACUUAAGGCAUCUGCUCAAAGGGCAUUUGUGACAUAUUUACGGUCUGUAUUCCUGAUGAAAAACAAGAAAGUAUUUGAUGUGCAUGCCCUUGAUAUUGAAAAAUAUGCAAGAUCAUUAGGACUAGCCAUUGCACCAAAAGUAAGAUUUUUGAAAAAAGAUCAGAAGAGAAAAGAGGAAAUGGAAUCUAAGAAAACAAAACCUGCAGUGGAUUUAUCAAAACUUAAGAAACAGGAAUCUAGUAGUGAUGAUAGUGAUAGUGGUAAUUCAAGUGAUAGUGGUGAUAGUGAUAGUGAUGAUGAUGAUGAUGAUGAUGAAAAUGAAAACAACAAUAGUGAUGAUGACAGCAGUGGUAAUGACAGUAAGACAGGUUACAAAAGUGAUGAUGAACUAUCUAGCAAUACAGAAAAGGAAGAUUUAUAUACAAAAUCACCAGAGACUUCAGCAGUAGCAAAAUCAGAAGUAGUAUUAAAAUCUGAGAAAGAAAGAACUAAAACAGACAAGUCGAAAAAGGUUGAGGAAAGUACAAAGCUUAAAGAAAAUUCAAAACCGUCUAAAGUGAAAGGAAAUUUGCCAAAUAAUGAUAAAGAUUCAUCUAGUUCAGAAAGUGAAAAUUCUGAUGGUGAUAAUUCUGAUAGCGAAGACGAUGAAAAUAUGGAAGAAUCUGAUGAAAGUUCUGACAGUGAAGAUUCUGGUGAGGAAAGUGAUGAUGAAAAUGAGAGUGAAGCCAUAUCAGAACUGGAAGAUAAAAGGAAGAAAAAGAUUGACAUGGAUAUAGAUUUUCAGUUUAAUGUUGAUGAAAUGGAGGAUGAUGAACUGUUUAAAGUGAAAAGAAAUGUUGAUAUAGAUGAUGUGCUAGGUGACAAGGUCAUGGAGACAGAACCAGAGGAAAGUAAAUCAAAAAAGAGAAGAAAAGCUCUGAAACAGAACAAGGAACUACAGGCAUUAAAACUUUGGAGGAAAAAUAUCAAGGUCAACACCAAGGUCACAUUUGAUGAAGAAGGCCAGGUUGAAGUAGACCCUCAUAAAACUCCUCAAGUUGAUUUGGAUAUAGAGAGACCAGACAAUAUUGGUGGUAUAGACAUAGAGAAAGCAAGAGAAAGAAUGCAAGCAGAGGAUGCAAUAGACAAACAGAUCUACAGAGAGAAGAUAAAACAGAAACACAGAGAGCAACGAUUGAAGAGAAAAGAGGAAAACAGGGCUCAGAAACAGAGAGGAAAUAAAAAAGAAGAUGAGGAGGAGGAGGAAAUGGAAGCGAGACUGCCAUCUGGAGAUGACGAUGAUGAUAGACCAGAUCCACUCUCAUUUUUACCUGACCCAGAUAAAGUGUAUGGCAGUGAACAGUCAGAGAGUGAUUCUGGUAGUGAUGGACCAUCUGUAUCCAAAAGAGCAAAAUUAUCCAACCAGUCUAAGAAGGCACAGUCUAAGAUGGGACAGUCUAAUCAGUCAAGUAGUGAGGAAGGUGAUUCUGGUGAUUCCGAUGACGCUGUUAGUUAUUCAGAUAACUCAGACUCUGAUAAUGUUAUGGACACUGAACUUACCCUUCAGGAUGAUGAAGAAAUAGCAUUGAGAUUGUUGCAGGGGAAGUAGCUAUCUUAAAUGGACCUGGCAGCAGAUACCUCAAUGACAGUAGCCACUUAGCUGCAGUAUAAGGCUCUCACUUAAAUGUAAUUAUUAUCAGUUAGGAAGUAGCUGAACAGGAA